AAAUAUUGAUACCUAUCAUAAAUUUCAACAUUACACAUCCAGUGAAAUCAUAUUUUGUAACAUAAAAAGAAAAUAAUAAUAAUGGAAUAUUCUUACGGUAUCUUUAUUGUUAUCGCUUUUGUCGUUAUCGCCGCUUCCGGAGAUGUCGGAGUACGAGGACCCCUCAUUACCAUGCAGAAAGACGAACUGUUAAAAAUCAUAGACUGCAUCAACGUGGCUGAAAAUCCUACUCUCUGCAAAUACUUUAACAGAUGCGAACAAAAAAUGGCCGAACCGGUGCAAAUGGUGUUCCACAAAUGCAUAAGCAAUUUCCCAAAUGAAGGAUCCAAGCAAUGUGCCAUCAGAGGAGGAAAGAUGUUUUCAUCCAUGGAAAUUCCAUCUAUGAUUUAUGACUGUUUGAGGGCACAUACUCCAAAAUUGACUGCUGAAGAUGCUAAGCAAAUGAUAGAUUUUGAAACCUGUGCAAGAGAGUUACAUGUUGGAACAUGCAAAUACAACCCUUUUGUACCAACAGCUAAAUUCUACACAUAUUAGUGAAAUCUUCCCUGUAUGUGACACACCUCAUGACGACUUGGAAAAUGUAACAUGCGUAUUUAUUCUGUACAGAAAGAGAUUUCAAAUUCCUAUUUCUGAAGAAAAAAUAGUUGUAUAAAAAGAAUAGAAUUAUACAUAAUUUUCCUUUUGAAUAUUUUUUUAAUAA